AUGUCGAUAACUACCACAUAUCUGCCACCGUAUAUACAGCAUUACAUAGAAGAGUUUGAUUCAGUAAACGCCAGUACUGGACAGUCCGUGCAAGUGUUGACAUGGCAGUCGUCCGAAUUUAUUGCAGAAGUGAGGGGUAGUCUUUACCAUUACAAACUGAUAGAAGACCUGUUUGAAAUUUACAGCCCAUUAGUAAGACCUGUCAAAGAAUCUACCACAGUUACCAACGUACAUGUCGAGUUUUUCCUGUCACAAAUCAUUGAAAUGGAUGAAAAGAAACAAACCCUGAAGAUCAACGCAUGGCUGACAUUGAGAUGGAUUGACGAGUACCUUACUUGGAAUACCACAGACUAUGGCGGCAUUGAAAAUAUUAAAUUGCCCUCCGAUAUUAUGUGGAUGCCCGACGUUGUCCUUUACGACAAUGCCGAUGACAAGUAUAUAAAUUUUCUACGAGACAAAAUCGCUGUGGUCUACCACAAUGGUGACGUCAUGUGGGCAUCUCCCGUCAUUAUGAUUAGUCACUGUAUGAUUGACGUCACAUAUUUUCCGUUUGAUAAUCAGCAAUGCCGUCUAAAAUUCGGCCCUUGGCAACACGAAGGAACCGAAGUGAAUGUAACGGGUGGGGGUGACAAGUCUGUGUUUAUCAGUGACGGCGAAUGGGACAUGACAGGCGUCGAAACUAUCAACAAUAUACAGUACUACCCAGACGCUCCCGGCAUUCCUUACACGGAUGUGACGUAUUACAUACAUCUUAGACGCCGUUCUUUGUAUUAUGUCUUCAAUCUCAUUAUGCCCUGUGGACUUAUAUCUGCGGUUACUAUAUUGACUUUUUUUCUCCCGCCUGAAUCCGGGGAGAAAAUCAGUCUGGCAAUAACAGUGUUGUUGUCGCUUACCGUGUUCUUGUUGCUCGUGGCAGAGACAAUGCCUCCCUCUAGCGUCGUUCCAGUCAUAGGUAUGUUUACUUUGUUUUUAUGGGUCUACCUUGUACAUCGACAAUACUAUGCAAGUACCAUGGUGACCGUGACCUUAUCGUUGGCGAUGUCCGUUGCCGUACUCAACGUCCAUUACAGAAGUCCCGAAGGAAGCCAAAUGCCUAAAUGGUUAAAAAAAUUAGUAUUCGGUCGAGUUGGGAGGUGUUUUGGCAUUGAUAGUAGCGAGAUCAAAAAAGCCAGGGCAAAGCUUCCACGAAAAGAUGUUUUCGGGAUGUCUCAUAAACUUAACGUCGAGGCAGGUAUAUGUAAUAUUGUGCGCCGUUUGGAGGGUAGUGAUAGCCCCAUAUUUGGACGUAGCAGCCAGAAUGGAUCUGUGCGCUCAGGUACUAAGCGGAAAGAGCGGACCAAUGCACCGACGUUGUGCGAGGAGAAUCCCAUUCUUCAUCAUUUGUUGGCAGAGUUCCGACGAGUGUCCACGUACUAUGAAUGGAAAAACAAAGCAGAAGAACUCCAAAAUGAGUGGAGAUUGUGUGCUAUGAUGUUGGACAGGAUUUUUGUAAUAGUUUACUUUUGUGGUUCUCUUUCUACCAUUCUCAUUAUAUGUAUUCAGCUGCAGUAUCAGUCGUAG